UUCCCAGCACUUUCCCUUUCUCUUUCUCUAAAUCUAUGUCCUCUUGCUCCUGGCUCCUCCCCGUUGAAUAACUGCCAAAUAGCUUUGUUUUGUUUCAUAGUAAAGUCCUUCCCAGUGCAGAGAACUUCCUGGCUGGUGUGAGGAGCAGCCGGGACCACAGAGGUGGUGGAGAGAUGCCCCCCAUCUGCAACCAGCUUUCCUUUGUGAACCCGGUCGUCCCCUUCUCUAGGGCCAUACCAGAGGGCCUCCAGUAUGGACAUCAGGUCACUGUCAAAGGGAUGUUUCUUCCGUCCUGUGGAAGCAGGUUUGCUGUGAACUUUCAGACGGGCUUGAGUGACAAUGACAUUGCUUUCCACUUCAACCCUCGGUUUGAAGAGGGCGGGUAUGUGGUCUGUAACACCAAGCAGAAAAAAUGGUCUAAGAAGGAAGAGAGGAUGAUGAUAAAUCCCUUCCAGAUGGGAAUUCCUUUUGAGAUCAGCUUCCUGGUGGAGAACUCUGGAUUCCAGGUGAAGGUGAAUGGAAAGGACUUUACGAAGUACACACACCGCGUGCCCUUCCACCGCGUGGACACCAUCUCCUUUACCGGUGGUGUGGAGGUGACACAGAUCAGCAUCGAGGACGCCCGUGCCGUCUGUCUCCAGAGGAUGAUCUCUGAGGUGCAGUCCUACCCCAGUGCCUGUGACUCACCUGAGUCCAAAGAGUGGAAACCAAAACCUCCAAGUUACUGGCAGGCCAUCGUGGCUCCCAUUAUGCAAAAUAUCAUCCCUGGACUCAAGUGCCUUGUAAGUCUGCAAGCUCCAGUCAGUGCACAACCUGGCUCCCUCCUGCUGAAUCCUUAAUCCAGAAUCCAUGACGUACUCCAUCCCCCCUGGGGGUCACCAUCUUGAAACAGCAAAAGCCAACUCCUUCCUUUGAAUUAGCCAAUCAAGAAAGACUGUGCACCUGAGCUCCAAUCAAGAGCAAGGCAUAGGUCACGUGCAUCAGGGAUUAUAAAGCCAAGCAGACCCCCUGCUCCUGUGUGAGGACUUCCAGACCAUGUGUGUGCACCCUUCUGGGUAGAAGUAAAGAUGUUUGCCUUGCU